AUGCCAGAAAUAAGCUGUGGUCCUCCUCAAGUGCUCCCCCAUACUAACCUGCAGUGGGACCGCUCCACUCGUCCUGGCAGUGCUGUGCUUUAUAAAUGUAUGGCUGGAUAUUACCAGGAGGGUGGAGAUGAUAUUUCCACAUGUCUGACAUCAGGCGAGUGGGCAACUGUAUCAUUAAAGUGCAAAGCAAAAUGUGGCCCGGUCCCCUUGCUCGCCCAUUCAGACGUGGUGUGGAACAACAGAAGUGUUGUGAUCCAUCGCUGUGCAAAUGGAUAUCACAGUUGGAGGGGCAGCAACAUCUCCCUGUGCAGCAGCUCUGGGGUGUGGCAGACGGCCACUCUCCAAUGCAUAGAAAUCAAGCCACCCAUCGAUCAUCUCAAUGUUUCCGAUGAAAAAUGUGUCCAAUGGAGAGCAGAGAAGUACGAAGAAGAUACAGAAAUCUACAAGGUGUUCUACGUGGGAUCCAGAGACUACGACAGAUCCUUUCUUGAAAAAAGGAAGCGGAUUCUGAGCUCUCAGGCAGAGUGGCUGAAAGUCUGUCUGAGUUUGCUUCCAGCCACAAACUACAGCAUCUCAAUCACUGCCAUGUCCGCUGGGUUCACAGCCACCAUCACCACUAACACCAGUUUACCAGCACCACCUGUACCAGAUGUCCACUACAGAGAAUAUGACUCUCCUGCACCGAAUUUGAGGCUGCACAGGUCACCCAGUACUCUCGACCCAAUAAGUUUGUACCAAGUCUUUGUACUUCCCAUAGACGGCAUGAUGACGUUUGACUGCUCCUCUCCUGCGAAUGGAGACGCUUUGAGCAAACAGGAUUCCUGGAAAAGGCACAUAGCAGCUCAGAUGCACAUCAGCCAUGUCGGAGCAGAUGUGAACUUCACUGUUGGAGAUGGCUUCUAUCGCGGAGGCUUCUUCAAUGCUCCUCUGGAGAAAGGCAGAAACUACUAUGUGGUCUUGCGAGUUGUUAGCCGGUGGAACAAGGAUUUAAAAAGCUCCUGUGUUCUUUGGGCCAAAGUAACAGGCACAUCCUACGUUGUGAAGGUUUCAUCGCUGUGUGCUGCGGCCACAGUCGGACUUAUAGCCUUAGCUGCUUCGCUGGGACAUGCUUACACCUGGUUUUUCAGGAAAAAAAUAAGAACAUGACUGCUUAUAUUGCUUUUUUUGUAGUUUUUUUUUUUUUUUUUGUGGAAUAAAAUCAGUUUUUGUACACUUUGGGAUUAUUGUUGAAUUAUUAUAUAAUGACAGUAUUC